AUGGAAAGAACUAAACUGAAGAAGGACUCUCGAUGUGAAAGUGAGAGCAAGGAGAAGGUCUCUCCACCAGGACUAUUGACAGCCACCUGGAAAUAUUUCGUCCACUUCUGGACUUUGACCGUCCUCCUGUCCUUAGUGGGCUCGCGUGUUUCUUCUCUGAUUGUUCUGGAGUUUUCCCUGCGAGCCAUCUCCGCCUUUGUUUCCGCCCGACUGGACGAUAAUGGCAGAGGUCUUCAACUUCUCCUGAUCCAGAGCCACUUCUCCUUAGGAUCUGGCAUCACCUGCACUAUCUCCUUCCUCCACCAGGGGGCGGCACACAGCUCCCUCGGCGUCUUCCUGGCGGCCGCUCUCAGUUGGGCCUUGGCAGGCUUCUGCAGGUCUCUGUGGGGUCACGUGGCCCGACUGUACCCCCUGCACAGCACACAGCGCUACUGUGGGAAGUGCAUCACCCUGCUGGCCUCCGGACAUUCCCUGCUGGCCUGGCUGCAGAGACUGGUCCUUCUGGUCUUCGCAGCGGCGGCCGUGGCCUCCUUUGCCACGGUUUGUGACCACUUUCUGUCCCAGAAGCAGGCGCUGAAGUUUUGGACUCCGCUCACGCUCUGUUACACAAUGCUGGUGGUAUAUAAUCAAGAGGAUCAACAACGUCAGAGGGGCACUGAGGCCCUGGUGCACACCGUGGUGCUGCGCCUGGGGGCCCUGCUGGUUCUGAUGCUGACGGUGGGAAACUGGUCUGAUGUCCUCCACGUCCUCUUCACUUUCUUUGGGGAAGCUGUCUGCCUGUUGUUCUCGCAGGAUCUGCUGCAGAUCAUCUUAAAGGAAGAAGAAGAAGAGGACACCAACAUGAGAAAAUUAUCAGAGAAAAUGAGAGCACACAAGUAAAACGCAAUCGAAAAGCAGCUGAUAAAGUCUGCCUCAAAUACAAUUACCUCAAACGUCAAUAAAUAUACUUUGA